CUUUUUAGUGACAUCUUUGGACAGCAAGCCGUAAAAAUUUCACUCCUCUUUCAUUUCGCUGUAAUUUUCAUACAUUGACUGUUGUUUGUGAGUUGUUGUUUCUUUGUUGUCGAUCUAAUUAUUUACUUUUUACUGAAAUUUUAUCAAUCACAUCCUCCUAAUAAGAUCAAAAUAUUAUAUAGCCGAGUUGUUUAUGUGUGGUAGGAAACGCUUUAGCGAAUUUACUAACACGGAAACAUGUCAAGAAGUAAGAGUCGUAGUCGCUCUAAGAGCAGAAGUCGCAGCCAUUCGCGCAGCCGUAAGGUUUCACGCAGCUAUUCUAGAAGCCGUUCGGGAUCAAGUCACAGUCGCAGUCGCAGUAGAAGCAAGACCCCAGUCGACAAACACCGUCUCCAUGUCAGAGACAUUGGAAGCAGUAUAACUAGGCGAGACAUUGAAAAAGAGUUUGAACGGUAUGGUACAUUACUUGAGGUGUGGAUGUCUAGAACCAGGCCAAGCUUUGCUUUUGUUGUUUACAAGAGGGAUAAAGAUGCAGCUGAAGCCCAAAAGCGUACAAAUGGAAUGGAAUUGUAUGGAAGUUAUUUGACUGUAAGUUUUGCAAAAACACGUGGACUCAGUAGAAAGUCAUCAAGGAAUAACAGUUACCGUGAUUCACUUCGAUGUUACUCCUGUAACAGAGUUGGACACUUUUCACGUUCUUGUAAAGAAGUCAACUAUGGCUAUAGACGUUAA